GAAUAGCAAAUCGUAAUCCAUUGUUGACACAAAUCUUGCGACUCACGCCCGCCUUUUAUAAGCGGCGUUUUGUUUGGGACUUGUGUAGAUAAGGUACCUUAUUGUUGGUUGUUUCAAUUGUUGAAUUGUUUUCUCGUUUACCGUCACAGGUAUUCGUAUUACUUAUUGUUACAUUAUUAAAUGUGAUUAUUGCGAUUUAUAAUAGUGCAAGAUGAAUGCGGAGAGCAAUAAUGUCACAUAUAAUCUGAGGAGGAAGACACGACGGACCGACGAGUGCAAGUCCAACGAUGAUUCAAUGUUUGCGGCACAGACAUAUUUGUCGGUUGAUCAGAAGACUGACUGCGGUUCAAUGUCCAUGAUGGAAGACAAACAGUACUGGUGUGAGCAAUGGGUCCUAGCUCACCGUGAAGGCAAUGUUCCUGAAGAAAAAAAAUAUGUCGCUAAAAAAUGUGUUGUUACCAAUAAUUCAGAUGACUCAGAGUCGUAUAAGUCUAGCUUGGAUUUAAAUAACUUGAAAGAGUGCAAGAAGCAACAACCUAGAAAAAAGAAAUUGGAUUUGGAUCGGGUACAAAUGAGUUACUGUUGUAGAUGGGUUGAAUGCAAUUAUGAAUCAACUGAUAUAAAAAUUUAUCUUCAACAUGUUGCUGAGCAUGUUGAUUAUUUAUGGACUGAAGAAUGGCAGGGCAACAAAGAAAAAUGGUUUACAUGUUCAUGGAAUAAUUGUACGUUCCAAUCAAACUGCGAGGUGAAAUCUACAACUCAUGUAAAUUUCCAUGCAUAUCACACACGGCUUAAAUGUGUCGGCUUGGCUGUUUUAAAUCUCUGUGAAAUACCUGGAUGUAAAUUGAAUGGUGAUGGUGCUAACAUCUUACCAGAUUUACCAAGUGAAUUUGAAUGUAAUUGGAAAAAUUGUAAUGAUCGAUUUGAAUGUAUGCAAUACUAUGCAUAUCAUGUAGCUCAGCAUUUAGAUUUUUCAAAAUUCAACAAUUCUAACUUCAUCUGCCCAUGGACAGAUUGUACUUUACAAUUUUCCGUGCGUUACCGAUUAGUAGACCAUAUAAAAAGCCACACUCAAGAAAAAACAUGUGCUUGUCCUAACUGUGGUAUUAUGUUUUCCACUUACACUAAACUGAAAGAUCACUGUAGACAAUCAAAUAAAGACAAAAGCAAUCAGUGUAAAUUUUGUAAAAAAACAUUUUCAUGUGAACGACUUCUAAAACAGCAUGUUCGCCUUCAUAUAAAUUAUUUUAAAUGUCAUCAGUGUGAUGCAUCGUUUUCGAAAGCAUUACAACUAUCCACUCAUAUACGUUACCGUCACUUAGAUAUAAAACCCUUUGGAUGUCAUUUAUGUAAAUCCAAAUUUGUGCGCAAAGUAGAUCUUACUACACACUUACGAAAACAUGCACCAGGUCCGCUAUUCAAAUGUUCAAAGGACGGCUGUGAUUUUUCAUGUCGAAGCGAGUACACAAUGCGAAAGCAUAUAGGAGUAGAACAUUACAAUGCAGAAGAACUGUAUAAAUAUUAUUGUCAUGUGUGUGGUGAUUUGUUCCUAAGAGGUUCAUUUCUCACCAAACAUUUAAAAACUGAUCAUAACUUCCACAAACCAGUUGGCUUGAAACGUUUCAGGUACAUUGAAGACGACGACGGGUAUUAUAAACUUCAAACGUCAAGAUAUGAAUGUCUAGACAUACAAGAACAAAAGAAAGUUAAGUUGAUCAAUCCCAACAAAGUGGUUGUAAGGAAAAAAAGUCAAACUACGUGCAAUGAUAAGCAAGCAACAGAAUUUGUUGUUGAUAUUUUAUCAUGUACAAGUGAUGAUGAGGACAAUGAUGAUAUUGAGUAAUUUAAGAUAAAAUUAGUUUAUCGUUAUUGAAUACAUAUUUAAGAUAAACUAUAGUCUGUUCAAAAUGAGAUCGGACCUCGGCGGCGACCAGUUUUUGUUCGUGACGGUCAGGCGCCUGCCUCCACCAAGGAUCGUUGGCGGCGGCGCGUCAGACUGAGCCGCAGAACAAAGCCACGCCCAUGUGCACAACUCGGCCGCCGAGGUCCGAUCUCAUUUUGAAUAGAGUUUAGUAGACUAUUAAACUUUAAGAUUUUUUGUGAACUGAAAAAUUGUAUUCCUUAAGAUUUUCAACAUAUUUAAUUGAAUAUCUAUAAAAUAACUAUAUUUUUGUUUAAUUAACAACAUAAUUUGUAGGUUUGCUGAUCAAUAUAAAAAAUAAGUACAUUAAUUAUUGAUCAGUGACAAAAAUUAAUUAACGAUGUGAUAAUAUAGUAUGUACGGAUUAUAAUAAAUUGUUUUGUCUUUUAUAUAAACCUGUUUCCAUAAUACCACCAAAAAUAUUUUUAAUUAAAUAAAGAAUCCAAAUGUAUUAAUACUUAUAAGCAGGUAAUAUACCUGGACUACAAGAACAAAAUUAUUGAAGCAAAUAUGCAAUAUUUAUCACAAUUUAAUUACUUGCUUGAAAAUAUUAAGCAAUUUGUAAUUAUUGUUAUAAUUUAUAUUGAAUUUACAUAUUUGUAUUUAAAUAUUUUAAUUUCAAUUGAGUAAUAUUAAUAAAAUAACUUUCUUCACUAACGUAUUAUUACAAAUUACUUAAUAACUAAAAAAUGUAAUUAUACUUAUAAUAAAUGUAUUGCAUUUUACUAGUUUUCACUGUGAAAAUUUACUAAAUACUAAAAUUAAAAAUAUCAUUGAUUUUAGAUUAGAUGGACAAGUCGUUGUUAGAAAAAUGUAAUAACUAAAUAAUUGCUGGAAAUGGGAGGAUUAUAAUAUUAUAUAGAUUAGACAGUUGGUGUAGUAUAUUAUGAAUUAUGAUGUAUACUCUAAAUUUAAUGACAAUACUUAUUCUUUGUAAAUUAAAAUUCUAAAUAGAUAAUUUAUAAUUAUUUUACAACUCGUAUCAUAAUAAGAAUUAUGUCUGUAAUUGUGUAUACCUAAACUAUGCAUAUAAACAUUUUUCAUAUUUUUGUAUUUUUUCUUGGUAGUAGUUAUGUAUUGUAUAUAAUUUUUUUAAGAUUUAAUCAAUUUAUAAAUUCAUUACAAUUUUUUAAUUCUUGUAGAAAAAUGUUGAAUAAUAGCUCAAAUAUAUUAUACUUUUAUUUCA